AUGGGAGAUAGAAAUUCAUUAUUGUCACAAAUCCAAAAAGGAAAAAAAUUAAAUAAAGCUGUAACAGUAGAUAAAAGUGCACCAGUUUUAGCAUCAGAUAAAUCAUCAUCAUCAUCAUCAGCAUUUAGAGGAGGAAUAUUUCCAACAGGUGUACCAACUUUACCACAAAAGAAACAACCACCAUCAAUACCUACAGGUUCAAGAACAGCACCACCACCAACACCACAUCACCAACCACAACAACAACAUCAACCUCCACCUAUACCAAAAUCAAGACCUAUUUCGCAACACUAUAGUCAACCACCACCACCCCCACCACCAAUACACCAUCAUCAACAACAACAGGAACAGGAUUAUUAUCACCACCAACAACAACAGGAGCAAACAUAUCAAAGACCACCUCCACCAACUUUAAAUAGACCUCAAGUACCAAUUUCAAAACCAAUAGCACAUCCAGCUCAUCCAGCUCAUCCAGCGACACCAAUACCACCAAUACCAACUACAUCACCAAGAAAAUCAGUAAUAAUAAUAAAUAGUAAUAGCAACAAUAUGUCAGAAGAAUAUGAUGGCUCCGAUAGAUGGAGUUUUAGAUCGAUAGACGAGUUUCCUCCAGUUCCACAAUUUAGAGGUGGAAUGAAAGGAACUGGCGGCAAGCCAACUACAGUUAUUAAAUUACCAGCUAAAUCACAACAUCAUCAACAACAACAGCAACCACCACAACCACCACAACAACAACAGCAUACAGCACCAGCACCACCAACUUCAAGACCAGUUUCACAAAUUCAAAAUAGACCACCACCAGUUCCAACUGGUAAUUCACCACAAAGACCUCCAACUCAACCACCAAUGAAUAGACCACCACCACCAGGUCCAAACGGUGGAGGUCCACCACAACCACCAAUUAGUAGACCACCACCACCAAAUCCAGGUGGUCCACCACAACCACCAAUCAGUAGACCACCACCACCUAACCCAGGUACAGGUGGAGGUCCAACACAACCACCAAUGAAUAGACCACCACCACCAGGUCCAAAUGGCGGUCCUAUGAAUAGACCACCACCACCAGGUCCAAAUGGCGGUCCACCACAACCAAUGAAUAGACCACCACCACCAGGUUCAAAUGGAGGUCCACCUCAACCAAUGAGUAGACCACCACCACCAGGUCAACCAAAUAUGCCACCACGUCCAGUUUCAACAAUUAAUGGUGUCGGAGGUGCUCCUCCAACACAACCAAAUGGUGGUCCACCACCAAAACCACAAAGACCUGGUCCACCACCUGUUCCUGGUGCUCCAAGACCAAUGACAACUCCUCCAAAUGGAAUGACUCCGCCACCAAAACCACAAAGACCAGCAGCUCCACCAGCACUUCCACCAAGAUAA